AUGUCGCAGGAGGCACACGUUUCUCAGUCAAAGGGCCAGCAGGAAGAGUUCGUGGAGACUAUUGAACCCUCCCAACCAUCUGCAGCCCCUCACUCCGACGAUGGCAGAAAGAAUCAGACUCAAGGAGAUCAGGCUCUUCAACUUAUUCAGGAGAUAGGCCACUCGACUAUCCUUACCCCAGAGAACAAUGCGAAAGUCCUUCGAAAGAUCGACCUGCGCCUGCUCCCUAUUCUCCUGGGAAUCUACUUCCUUCAACAACUCGAUAAGUCAACCAUCUCAUAUGCUUCAAUCUUUGGUAUUGUUGAGAAAGCCAACCUACAUGGCCAACAGUACUCCUGGCUAGGAGCCUCGAUUUACCUGGCCCAGCUGGUGUUCCAGCCCCUUGUCGCUUACCUUUUGGUCAAGGUGCCCCUGGCAAAGUUCCUAGCUGUGUCAUGUCUUCUCUGGGGCAUCUCUUUAUCUUGCAUGACGGCAGCAACCAACUUUGGAGGUCUUCUUGGUUGCCGAAUCUUCCUUGGUAUCUUUGAGGCCGGUAUUGCCCCGGCUUUCAUUGCAGUUACUCAGAUGUGGUAUCGGCGUCGUGAACAGCCCGUGAGAUUGAGUUCUUGGUAUGCUAUGAAUGGAGUUGUGAACAUGUUUGGAAGUUUGAUUGCCUACGGGCUGGGACACAUCCACUCUUCUAUCUUUGCCUCCUACCAGAUCAUUUUCCUUUUCUUUGGUCUGGUUACGGUGGCCUUCUCAGCUGUCAUUCUUGUAUUCAUGCCUGACUCCCCCAUCUCGGCUAAAUUCCUCCACGAGGAAGACAAGCUUCUUGCAAUCGAAAGACAACGGAUGAACCAGCAGGGUGUGGAAAGUCAAGAAUGGAAAUGGGACCAUGUGAAGGAAGCAUGCCUCGACCCCAAGUCAUGGUUCUGGUUUGCAUUGAUGUUCUCCAUCUCUGUUCCAAGUGGUGGUAUCACCACCUUCGGUCCCUUGAUCAUCAAGUCCUUCGGCCUCAGUGAAUAUGAUACCAUGCUGUUUAACAUUCCAUUUGGAGCAGUUCAGCUUGUCGCAACAAUGGGAGGUGCAUGGCUAGCGACCGUUUGGAAGAUGAAAGGCCCGGUGCUGGCCUUGCUAUGCCUUCCUCCUAUCGCUGGAUGUGUCAUGCUCUUGCAGAUUACGCAUGAUGCUGCCCACAAGGGACCUUUGCUUGCGGGAUACUACAUAAUUUCUGUCUACCCAGCUAUCACUCCAUUGAUUUACUCAUGGUCGGCGGGAAACACUGCCGGAGAGACUAAGAAGAAGGUUACCACCGGCAUUCUUUACGUUGGACAGUGCGCUGGUAAUGUUCUCGGUCCUAAUCUCUACACCACGAAUGAUGCACCACUUUAUCGCCGUGGACUUCUAUCUAACCUUGCGAUGUUCUGUGUGUUGAUACUGCUGAUCGGGGCAAACAUGGCAUACCUCUACUUCCUGAACAAGAAGCAUGAACAGAGACGUGUGGCUGUUGGAAAGAGUGCCAAGGUUGUCGACCAGUCAAUGCAGACCGUCCAGGUUGCUACGGACGACAAAGAAGCUCUUCCUGCUCAACAGAUGGUAGACAAUGCCUGGAAAGAUUUGACUGACUGGCAGAAUGAGGAUUUUGUUUAUGUAUUCUAG